CUGUUGCUGUCCUCCCCAUCUCAUCACGCAUUCUCUCCCCUCCACCCCUCCACCCCUACCCCCAGUCCCUGACCCUGAUUAGCAGACUACAAGUAGGCGGUGCCUGCUCAAGAAGACUUUUCUUCCAUCGGGACCUCUCUCCCCCUCCUCCCUCUCUGCACAUCCAUUCCCACUCGACCCAUUCCUCCCAUCGCUCGCUUGCCCUUCAACGACAGCUUUCCCAGCAGCACCAUCAGAGAACGACGACGACUUUAGAACGUUGGUGUUUGUGGACAGUGUUGUCCUGUAAGAUGCAAAGCUGUCUCUGAUGAUUUCCUCUUGAGAUAAUAGCGGCUAUAUAUGUCGUGCACCGGAGGCUACAUCCACCAUCCAUUCAUUCAGUUCUAACCUGUGGCUGGAGAAGAUGGGGUUACACGACUGCAUGCGGCGCAUCUCCUGUGGAGUGAAGGCUUUAGUGUCGCGAACAUCCGGGGACAAUGAUGAAAAGGUCCAGUUCGUGAACUUUCCGCACUCUGAAAGCGACCGUGAACUCCAUGUUUUACACAAUGGAAGUGCCCAGCCAGACAUGCGCACCACGACUUCCAGAAGUACUUCCGGUGAUGCGGACGACUGGGACAGAUUUAGAUUCGUUGACGAAGUCUCGCAAGGCCACGUCGGUCGCGAGAAGAUUUCGGAGUGGCAGGCAGGGUGGAACGUUACAAAUGCUAUACAGGGUAUGUUCAUCGUCUGCUUCCCCUACGCCGUGGUACAGGGCGGCUACUGGUCGCUGCUAGCCAUGGUCCUGGUGGCCUACAUCUGCUGCCACACAGGCAAGAUCCUGGUGGAGUGCCUGUACGAGACCAACCCCAUGGGCCGCCUCAUCCGGGUACGCGCCAGCUACGUGGACAUUGCCGAGCACGUGUGGGGCCGGCGCUACGGGGGCCGCCUUGUCAACCUGGCGCAGAUCAUCGAGCUGCUCAUGACCUGCAUCCUCUACGUCCUGCUGUGCGGCGACCUCAUCAAAGGCAGCUUCCCGGACUCACCGCUGGACCUGACCUCCUGGAUCAUGGUCAGCACCGUGCCGCUGUUGGCCUGCGCCUUCCUGACCUCGCUGCGGCGGGUGUCGUGGCUGAGCUUCUGGUGCACCAUGGCGCACAUGCUCAUCAACGCCAUCAUCCUCAUCUACUGCUUCACGCGCGCCGAGCACUGGCACUGGCGGGAGGUCAAGCUACGCGUGGAUAUCUGGACUCUGCCCAUCGCUCUCGGCAUCAUCGUCUUCAGCUACACCUCCCAGAUCUUCCUGCCCACGCUGGAGGGCAAUCUCCUCGACCGCAACAAGUUCUCCUGUAUGAUGCACUGGACGCACCUGGCCGCUGCCGUCUUCAAAGCCCUGUUCUCCUACAUCGGGUUUCUGACCUGGGGUUUUCGGACUACCGAAGUCAUCACUAAUAACCUGCCCACCCAGAGCUUCAAGAUCGUCGUCAACCUCAUCCUAGUGACCAAAGCGCUGCUGUCCUACCCGCUGCCCUUUUUCGCCGCCGUGGAGCUGUUGCAGACUUCGCUCUUUCAAGGCAAGUCUCCAGAGGGCGCUCGCAUCACUCUCUUCCCUAGCUGCCUAGACAGUAACGGAGGGUUGAAGGUCUGGAGCCUGGCGCUGCGUCUCUGUCUCGUCCUCUUCACCAUGGUGCUGGCUAUUUUCAUCCCGCACUUCGCGAUUCUCAUGGGGCUGAUCGGCAGCUUCACGGGAACCAUGCUUUCCUUCGUUUGGCCUUGCUACUUCCACCUGCGGAUCAAGUGGUACACCAUGAGUUGGUACGUCAAGGUGCUAGACGUCUCCAUCAUUCUCCUCGGCCUACUGUUUGGCAGCAUCGGCAUGUACUACUCUGCGCAUGCGCUGUCUAGGGCUUUCAAAGGUCUUCCUCCUGAUCCUAUUCCGUCUCACGGCUGAGAAGGGACGCAGACGUUCUCAUGACAACCGACCAUAUUUCAGAAAAAACAUUGUUUACUGAAGCAAGUUUUGCUGAAGCCUCAUUUGGUUGCGCAAAUGAACUGAUUACACAACACGUUUGUAUAUCCGGAGUCCUUUAUCUCUGCUAGUCAUGGAUAUCAAAAUAUGCUCAAACGUAAUGUGUCAUAUCUCUAAGUUAUUUGUCAGUCAGAACCAUUCGCACAUAGUCCCAUGAAGCCAAAUGAACUAACAAAAAAGCUUAUUUAUUUAUUUAUUUCAAAAGAUGAAUGCGAUUGUGCGAUAUGAGUGGAGGUGAUAUUACAAAGAAUUCAACAAAAGCCACGCCUGCAGUCCGAACAUCAAGUGUAACGGCAUCACAGUACUCAUCGUUUGUUGAAGGUUCACUACCCUGAGACAUCCAAUAAAAUCUGUUGUUGUCAGUUCCAGAAAAAGAGAUUAUAAUCGACGAUGUUUGAGUAAAAAAACCUUGUUGCACCAACGCUGGCAACCCCCUUUAUAUUUAUAUAGAUAUACUGGCAAAUGAUAUACACAACCUGAAACUUGUAACAGAGAAUUGCGAAUGCAGUUUAUGGCUUGUUUCCAUCACAAUUAUAUAUAACAAAAAGCAAUAGUAUUAGAAAUAAAAAUCGAUGUUUGAAGUACUUAACAGUGUUCCACAGUAUUGUAUUUUCCAUGGUCACCAUUAUUUCUGCUUUAAAAAAAAACACAGUCGACGUAUAUUCAGUUGUCAUAUAUUAAUACAAAUCAUCCACAUAAAUUUUAAGUUCCACAUAAAAAUAAAGUGAUUUGUUCUAUUCUCGUAUUUAUUCUUCCUUCAGAGUACGAUUCUGAAUAAUUAUAUAAUAAGUAUUUAUUACUCCAAGGUGCGCGCGAAGCUAAGAACUUUAAUUAUUUGCUGGAAAUAGAGUGGAAGUCACAAAGUGAGAUUCGGUCAUCAUCAUUAUCGACUGUACAAGACUCACGCAAUAAGGUAAGUAAAACUGCACUUUAGGAAGGCUGUACCUAACUUAAACCGUUACAAAACAAUCUUUAUCAGAUGGUUCAUUAAAGCAGCUUAUCAGCGGCACACAACUACACGCCCCUACUCCCUCUGUACUAUAUCCUCUCAGUUCUACUCCCCUCUGUUAAAUGAGAUACCUCUGUAUUAGCACCUACCAUUAAUUCGGCUUCUCUGUAUCCGAUGUCGACAUAGGGCGCACCUCGGGUAACACAUUUGUACCAUGAAUUAAUACAAUUGUUAUACUUAGAGAUUACAUUAAUGACUCAAAAGACUUUCUGCCAAAGGUCUAAAGUUGAAAAUUACUGAUUAAUGCAGUACACAGAUUGAAUCUCCCAUUUGUAUGUAAGAUGCAUUUCUUCUUUUAA